UCGAACGCAUUUUUUCAACCCUCUCCGAGUCGGGGUGACUAUUUGGGGUGUCAAUGAUUUAGCCCUCGAUAGUUUUCCUUUGAUUUUCAACCAUUAAUAUUGAUGAGAGGGUGUGCAUUUUUUUUUGUUUUGAUUUUUGUCAAAAGAUUGCAAUCUUCGGUGCGCGACCGUUUUUCCAACUUUUCGUAAAUGUGGAAACCGAUGAUGGUGGAUUGUGAGGGAAUUGAUUGAGCUAGCGAAGAAGAAAAAAAAUGUGAUUAGUGCGAUUGUGCGGCAGAAAAUUGUAACGAUCGUGAGACGAUCAUGUGCCAAAAUAAUGGGCACCAAUUUGCCAGAAUGAGUGUUUCAAAAAGUGUCGACCGAAAAUUCGAAUUGUGCAACCUAUGAAUGAAAAUAGCCGACGUUGACAGUUUUGUGAUCGGAUGAGUUAAAGUGCCUACGUUAAGUUGAAUAAACAAAUAAGUUUAACCAAAUACGAAGUGACGAUCAAACCGUAAAAUCGAUGAAAAUCCAGAUUUUCGUCGUUUAAUUUAAGCUCCGGUUCCGGCUAUUAAGUGCUUAUCAAAUAGAGUGCCGAUCGUUUUGUCGACAGGUUUAAAGCCUCGGUAAAAGUACCCAUAAUUUUCCGACUUUUCAUCACCACCCACACACUUCAGGCACGAAGAAGGGAAAUUCAAAGAGGCAACAAAAUUAUACUAUAGCUCUACUCACCCAGAAUUCAUAAUCGCAUCAUCGACUGCCGUCUCGUGUAAACUGAUAGUAAAGAAAAAGGAAGCACCGAAAAGGCAGACAAAAAUGGGAAACAUAUCGAUACUGCUGUUUAGCAUCUACUUGAUAUACCUCAGGAAGGUGCAUGCAUCCUGGGGAUCGCCGGACAGCAACCAGUAUCACAUCCAAACGGACGAAGGUCCGGAACGAUAUUUCAAGUACCAAACCGACAACGGCCAGUACCGGAAGGAGAAGCGGCUACAAGAUGGGACAGUGAUCGGAACUGAUGCCUGGAUAGACGCCUCUGGAUAUCUCCGCCAGAAGGAUUACAUCGCCGACAACAAAGGCUAUCGGAUACUGAAGUCCAAAACGGUCUACGUGGGACGGGGUUUACCGAUUCAGGACGCCAUCAAGUCGGCCAAAAAUCGACCAGCCGACUCGGGAGUGCUAGUUGAUCAGCAAGGUCCACCGUCAUAUUCUAGCGGUGUUUCCCCUACGACAACUCCACGCCCAAUAGCUCGUCCUGCGGUAACCCCGAACAGCAUCAAAUCCGUCUUCAUCCGGCCUCACUCGCAGCCCGUCAGGACCAACUACCAUCUGCCGGCGAGUAUUGCAUCGGAUCAAUAUUUGCCGCCCAGCAGACAUUACGUUUCCAGCACCCCGAGGCCGGUUGAAGUCUAUGGAGAUGACAUCUCGUCGACUCCGAUCGCUGUCUACGCCGCUGUACCUUCUUCAACGCAAGCGCCAUUUGUUUUGAUAAACAACGAUCCGAACGAUUACCACCACCACGAUCAUUAUCACCCGGUCAGUAACGAUCUACUUCCUCCGAAAUCGGAACAUACUCAAUACUACAGAAGACGAUACUCGAACGCGAGACGUCCAUACGGUGACCCGAUUAGCGUAUCUUCGUUGGCUCCUUUCCUAGAACAUGUAACUCAGACGCCGAAGUCUUAUGUGGUGCCGAUUGCCAGUAACGAUCUGGAUCAGCAGCCAUUGUUCAACCGGGACCUUUUGGAACCUCCUCCGUCCGGUUUCGGAACCCGCUAUCAACCGAUUCGUCGAGCUGACCACGAGUACGAUGGCGUAUCGGUGACGAACGAUGGCUUCAAGUACUAUCUGCCGCGGCAGUACCACGAGGAAACCAACUCGGGCGGUUCGGCUCGGGAGGGUAGCUUCGGCUAUAUCGAUCCCUUCGGCAUUCGGCGGGUCGUUUACUACAACACCGGACCCGGGAAGGGUUUCGUCCAUCGCAAGAACAAUCGCUACGUGGGCUUCAACGCGACACCGUAUGAUCCACGACCUCCGCAAUAAUCGAACCGGAGCGAACUCCCACGUGGCUUUCAACAACCGUCAGCUAACCAAUUCUAAAGCAAACCGCCAAGUUCUUACGCUUUCAAUUAAAUUAUUUUUUCUGUUUAUUAACCUUAGUAGAACACCGGUCGCCUUCGUCGUCGCCGGCCGGCCAUUACGCGUGGAUCGUGUACAUUCGUCAGGUAGCGGCUGCAGGGGACAGGUGCAAGUUUUUCUUCAUCUCGUAUUUCUAGUUGAUUAGGUAGUUGUAAAAGCAGAUUGCCAAUUCAAACUUCGCGGGUUCAGUUUUUAUUCGUUGCUCUUGAUUGAGGGUCACACCGCUAAACUGGGAAUCGGUUUUGUGGGGGCGAGCUGAACAGCAGCUACAAGAUAGGACUCAGAACCUGACGCCGCGCCGGAGGUCUGUUGUGUCGCCUCGGUUAAUCAACUAAAUCAAACGGUGGGUGGCUACUUACUAUCUUUAUAGGCCUCCGGACAUGAAGUGAUGAAGUUGCGCCCGUUUCAGCUCAGAACUAGUAAAUCAGUUCAGCUAAUGCAACCUUCAACUCCGAGGCGCACUCGCAAAUUAAUCCAUCAAACGAUCGAAGUUUCCAUUUUUGGUAGUAUCAUUUGAGUAAAUGAUGGAAAUCUUCUCCUCUGGAGUUGAUGAAAACUGAUGAAUCAUAGUAAAUGGAUGAAAGAAAUUUGUUGACAAUAAGAAUUGGCUUAAGUAAAUGGACUAUUCGAAUCUUGUCUUUCAGUCUGUAGAUAAGAAGUUGAGAUAUAAUUGCUUUACUUAGCAAAAUGCAGUUUUUGUUUUGGGUAGCUCAACUGAUAUAUUUUAACAGUAAUUAUCUUAAGCUUUUAAGAUCAUCAGACUAUGCAAACACUCAAAGUUUAAUUAUUUUGAGAAACCCGGACUUGCCCUGAUAUUUGAAACAAAAAUUAUGAAAUGCUCGGUUGUCUGGAUUUCCUUAAAUAAAAAGCCCGAAAUUAUUCACUAUCAUUCGAUGGUUUCCUUUUUUGAUAACUGAUAAACAAUUUAUGGAACCAGUAUGUUGAUUUGGGAUAUUAGAAUUCAGAUUUCGUUUAUUUAUUUAUUUGUUUAUUUAUUUGACGUCAAUCAUUUGCGUAGACCGUUUUACAUGUUUGCCUUAAAUCUAUAUAAGUAUAAUGUUAUGAUAGAAGCACUCUCUUCAGUUCAUUUUUGUUCAUUGUUAUAUCAAUUAUGGUGCAGUAUUUGUUAUAGCAGAUCAUGAUCUUAUUUAUAGGUCCAUUUUGGGCAUAGUUUGUUCUUUGUUUAUUUAUGUAGAAAAGAUUCCUGUUUCUUAAAUACCGAGUGGGAGAAUAAAAGUUAAGUUUUUCUAAAAUGUUUGCAUCAUUUACUCUUUGCCCAAUAACAUCAUUUAUAAAAGCUAACAUUGCAAAAUCACGUCGUUUAUCAAGACUAUCUAUUUUAAUUAACAUACAUCGAGAUUCAUACGAAGGUAGCUGAUACGAGCUCCAACCUAACCUGCGUAAAGCAUAUAAUAAAAACUGUUUUUGUACUGACUCAAUGCGGUCUUUAUGUGUACCUUGAUAUGGAGCCCAGACAACACUGCAGUACUCAAGAAGGGGCCUAACAUAUGUUACAUACAGUGUUUUGAUGGUAUAGGGAUCAUUGAAUUGAAAACUAAACCUUUUUAUAAACCCGAGCAUAUUACUUGCCUUGUAAAUUAUGUUAUUGUAGUGUUCUACAAAGGUCAGUUCAGAAUCUAGUAUGACUCCUAAGUCUCUGACUUGAUUGCAUCUUUCUACAGAUUUUUGACCAAUGGUGAUGGUGUCCUGUCUUACAUUUCGCUUUUUGGUAAAUGAGAUUGAGAUGCAUUUUUUUACGUUUAUCUCUAGCAAGCUUUUUGUACACCAUACAUAAAAAUUAUCAACUUCUCUUUGGAAGGAUUCAAUAUCAGAUGGUUUACGUAUUUCCAUGAAAAGUUUCAUGUCGUCUGCAUAUAUUAAAACAUUUAAAUGAUUUAAAAUGUGUUCAACAUCAUUGACAAAUAAAAUAAAUAGUAAAGGACCCAGAUGGGAUCCCUGUGGCACUCCUGAUGUAACAUGCACAACAGACGACAAAUUUCCUUCAAAUCUUACUUGUUGCGUUCUUCCGUGCAGGUAUGACUGAACCCACUUUAAUAAUUUAUGAUUGAAACCUAUUUUAGAUAAUUUGAAAAGCAAUAAAGGAAUAUCAACUCUAUCAAAUGCUUUGCUAAAAUCAGUAUAUAAUGUUUCAACAUAAUUCCCUUCAUCUAUGGCAUUUAUCGAGAAAUUUACAAAAUUUAGUAAAUUGGUGGCAGUAGAACGUCCUCUAAUAAAACCAUGUUGUUUAGUAGUGAUUGCAUUUUUAACUUGAGAAAAAAUGUGUUGAUUAAUUAUUGAUUCAAAUAACUUAGGGAUGCAAGAUAAUAUAGCAAUUCCACGAUAAUUUUUAACAUCUGACUUUUUGCCGGUUUUGAAAAUCGGAACCAAAUACGAUUCUUUCCAAAUGGGGGGUAGUAUGCCGCUUUUUAAAGAUGAAUUGAACAACCAAAACAAGGGUUUCACUAACUCAUUUGAUAAUGAUUUCAAAAAUACUGGCGGCAAUCCAUCAGGACCUGCCCCUUUAGAGGCGUCUAAGGUGUUUAAAGCAUUCAAAAUUUCGUUGGGUGAUACAUUAUCAACAGUGAUAUUUAAUGAAGAUUCAGGAAGAUACGAGAAAUAAUCAUAAUCUCGAUCCUCUUCGUUACGGGUUGUGUAAACAUCUUGAAAAAAAUUAGCAAAUAAGUUACUGAUUUCCGCAGGAUUUUUACCGAUUUUGUCGUUGAACUGCAUAUUUGUCGGAAAAUUGCUAGACUUCUGUAUAUCUUUAACUAGGCUGAAAAAUGAUUUUGGGUCUGAUUUGAUAUUACUUUCUAUUCCUCUAUUAUACUCCUCGUGUGCGAUUUUCAUUUCCAUAUUUAGUUGAUCACAGAUAGUCAAAUAUAUUGUGAGGUUCAUAUCAUUUGCAUCUUUUUUAUAGUUUUUUAUGGGCUUUCUGCUUUCUAUUUUUAAGAUUAAGUAUCUUCUUACUAUACCACUUCGGAUUUCUAUUCGGCUUUUUUCUACGUUUUUUGGGUACUGCAGACUCUAAUAUAUCGAAUAUGUUUUGGUAGAAAAAAGUUACAGCCUGAUGUGUUGAUAAACUACGAAUUCUACUUUGCCAAUCAAUCGAGUUUAAUUUGUUUUUAAUUAGUUCGUAGUUUGCAUGUUUGAAGUCAAAAUAAGGUUCAGAUAAAUUGUCAUCCGACAUUGUGGCGUUGUCAUGAAUGAAAAUGGAAUAUUCAAUAGCAGAGUGAAAUACUUCAUUUUUCCAAAGUGGAUUUGGUGCCUCAAUCACACAGAAAUCAUCCGUCAUAUUAGUAAACAAUAAAUCAAGGUAGCAGUUAUUCUGAUUUCGUACGUGAUUUAUUUGAUUAAGUCCAAUCUCAGAACUCUUUUCAAAUAAUGUUAGAAGUGUUGAGUUUUCCCCAAUUAUUGGAAUCAAAAGAGAUUCGUUGUGGUCAUCUACAAUAAAAUCAGCAGCACUUUGAUUAAAGUCGCCAUAUAUGUGAACAUUGGCGUCAGACUCGAAAUUUGAAAUUAUAUUAUCAGCAAUACUAAAAAACAUUUUAUAGGACUCAGUUUUGGCACCUUCAGGGGGAAAAUACACAGAUCCAAAAAUGUGAACUUGAUUUCCUAUCACGGAUUUAACCCAAACAUGGUCAAAUUCCUUGUGUUUAUUAGAUGGGAUUUCUUCAGAUUCAUAAUCAGAAGAAAUUGCAAUUAAAACGCCACCCCCGGAUUUCUUGUCGGCUAACAAUUUAUCACGAUCGUCUCUAUAGACAUUAAAUUUAUCAGCGAAGACUUCGGAGCUUUUAACGCAAGAAUCCCAACUCGUCUCAGUUGCUAAUAUUAAGGGGUAGCUACAAGCAGCUACACGCCUGUAAAUUUCAUUUAAUUUUAAGGCACUUUUCAUUCUAUUAAAAUUUUGACAAUAAAUUGUUAUUUCUUUACUGUCGCAUAGAGAGGAAUUGAUUUUCUUGCAAGCAGAGUUUUUCAUAUCAUACCUAACUACAUCGUUGUUGUCCUCCAAGGGGCCCGUCAGAUCCUGGCAAAACACGAAUGCCUACAUGCACACGCUUGACAUGGAGAAGGCCUCUGGGGGGAGCGCGCCAAAUCUGGAUUUCCUAUCGUCGAGACCGUGCUUACUCGUGCAAGCUGAUGAUCUGCCGGAUAUGGAUUCAGUACUUCACCACGUUGGAACCUUAUACCACGCUGAUUUUCUACUGGAGGUUUUGAAAAUGUUGCUUUUGCAGCUGCUAGUAGCUUUUUAUCCGGAAGCAGAGAGUUGAUAACUGGUUGAUGAUUGAUGUGGGGGAUCCUGGUACUAUUGUAAUCGCUGUAACUACAUGAAGGGGUAUCCUGGUCUAUGUUGCUGUUUCUAUUGUUGUUGGCAUUGUUGUAGUUGUAAUAGUUGAAGGUGUGCUCCUCAUUUCGGGCGUUGUUAUUAUUUAAAUUACGUAAAUUGUUGCUGUUGUUGUUCUUGGAUUUGUUGCUGAGAUUCCCAAUUUUUUUAUUGGCUUUCCUUUUCUUCAAUGCUUUAUCUCUAGCCUUUUGCUGCUGAACAUAGCGUAAUUUACGCGCGUCAUAGUCAGUCCAGUCUGAACGCCACACUUUUUUAGAACCCAGGAGGCGCCAACCGCAGUUGUCAGAACUGUUAGCAAUUGUCAGUUCCAUUAAUACAUUAGUUUCAAUUACAUUUAAAGCGUCCUCUGUAGUGUGGGACAUGGUAGGGCGGUGAUCGGUGCAAUGAGCUGCCAUAUCCACAGUAACGGAGCUUAUAUUUUGCACAUCAUCACAAAUGCGUUUGAGUUCUUUCUGUAGGUCCGUAGUGAGAUCAGACACAUAAUUUUCGAUACGGUCCCUACUUGCUUCCAUUGAAAUAUUAAAAAGGGAAGUGAGGUGGUUUUUUACAUCUGCGAGCUCACAACUGUUUGUGCCUUUAGUAUUUUCCAUACACUGCGAUAAUGUUGACACAGCAUUGUUGACUUUUGUUGCCGUAUUGUUGUUUAUCGCCGACACCGCUUCUUUCAGUUGGAGCUCCAUAUUUUCAAACAGCUCACCCAUUGCAUUGAACUUUUUUAAUUCGGCAGAGAUGCGCAGGCUGGAGUCCGUUUGUGAGUUGAGUGAGCUAAUUAAUUGCUCUUGUUGACUUAAUACCUUGCUCGUAUCAAUUCCAGCUUUCAAAUGAUGCUGGCAGUCUUCACAGAGCGGGAUCAUGUAAUGUUGAAUAACGUUCUCCUGAUGUCGUUGAACUCCAAUACAAGCCGCGUGAUAGCGCUUUUUACAAAAUUCACACUUCAAUAGGAAGCGAUCAUCACUGACACUGCAGCUUUUGAUACAGCAAUUCAUAAUAAAAAAAUAAAAUGACCGAGUGCGGCGCGACACAAAACAAAAAAAAAAAAAUAUAUAUAUAUAUAUACUAGCAAAAAUUAUUGCAGACCGUCGUUAAAAUGCGUCCGUACUCACGAACGGCUAGAAUGGAAUUGAAUGGAAUUUCAUUGCCAGAUUUUGAAUUUAAGAUUUCUGAAUAAAAACAAACCAAUUUUAAACAGUAGAAUUUAUCUCAUUUUAUGUUCUGGAUUUUUGAUUUUUGAGUUAUUCAUUUUGUUUUCUGGAUUUCCGACC